CCCAAAGGGAGAUUAGAUAAUAGAGACUAGAGAGAGAGGUGGGACCAUACAUUAUACAUACAUGCGCAAGACCAAUCCGGGAGGUGUUUUUCUUAAAAACCGGUGGCGCCGCCAAUCAAGUUGUGUUGAGAACAGUCUGACUGCGUUACCUCCAGGAGCCUCUUCCCCUUUUUCUCCUUCCCUUCUCAACUCCUCCUACUCUCUUCUUCAGUUUCUCCGCCAUUGAAUUUGAAAAAAACAAAAAAACAAAAAAACAGAACAAAAGAAAAAAGAAAUGCAGAGUCUGCAAGCGAAGGCCUCCGAGUGGAGCGGAGUCGACUCGGCCGACGCGUUCGCCAUCGACGACACCAAUCUCUUCCAGAAAUUGGGCCUCCAGACCUUCAUUAACCUCUCCACCAAUUUCUAUACCAGGGUAUAUGAUGACGAGGAAGAAUGGUUUCGGUCGAUUUUCGCAAACUCGAAGAAAGAUGACGCCAUUCAAAACCAGUACGAGUUUUUUGUCCAGAGAAUGGGAGGUCCUCCUCUCUAUUCUCAGAGGAGAGGCCAUCCUGCUCUAAUUGCACGUCACCGACCGUUUCCUGUAACACAUCAAGCUGCCGAGAGGUGGUUGCAUCACAUGCAACAAGCGUUGGACAGCACCCCAGAUAUUGAUGCAGACUCAAAAGUCAAGAUGAUGAAUUUCUUCAAGCACACAGCAUUCUUCCUUGUGGCUGGUGAUGAGUUGAAGAAGAAUCAAACCCAGCAAACUCCUUGCAAACACGGGAGCAGCCAAUAGAACACUCUUAUCACUUGUGGGAUUCGAUAAAUGCUUACUUAUUCAUCGAAACGGAUUAACUUCACACCGAUCUAAACUAGGACUUAUUGAAUACCUCUAUCAAUAAAUCUUGCAAUUUAUAUCUUCA